UUUUUAUCUCCCAAGACCUACGAGCCGCACAUCUCCCCAUCCACUUCUGUCUGUGUCAAGAAUCAAGACAGUUGCAGAAACUCGGCAAUUUACCUUUCUACCUUGGUAAAAUGCAGCCCAACCUUCACAUCUUCGCAUCGACGGAUGCCCCGUACGCCAAGGCUGUCCGGUUUUUCCCGACCCGUCUGCGCUCUGUCCAGCUAGAGCGAUUAUAUCGUCACCUCGGAGCCGAAUUCAUUUUAUAUACAUCUUCAACUUGCGCGCCUUCAAUUCUCCCCCAACGAGCCGUCCACCAUGUUUCGAUCAGCUCGAACGACCCUCCGCGCUGCCGAGGCCGCGGCCAUGCGCCCUCUGGCACAUGCAAAACCCUACCCCUCCUGCGUCACCGCGGCCCGCAGCUGCAGAGCUCUGUCGACGACUCCCCGUUCCUCGCCCUGCUUCACCCCAUUGACCGCCCGUAACACCUUUUCCCGCCCAUCUGUCGCUUUCGCACACACAACCAGGAUGGCUUCGACACGCACAGAGACCGAUGCCUUCGGCGAGAUCCAGGUCCCCGCCGACAAGUACUGGGGUGCCCAGACGCAGCGCUCCCUCUCCAACUUCAACAUCAACCAGCCGCAGGACCGCAUGCCCGCACCCAUCGUGAGGGCCUUCGGCAUUCUCAAGGGCGCUGCGGCCAAGGUCAAUGUCAAAUACGGCCUGGACCCCAAGCUCGGAGAGGCCAUCCAGCAAGCCGCAGCAGAGGUAGCUUCGCUCAAGCUCAUUGAUCACUUCCCCCUGGUCGUUUGGCAGACUGGAUCCGGCACCCAGUCCAACAUGAACGCAAACGAGGUCAUCUCAAACCGCGCCAUCGAAAUCCUCGGAGGGCAGAUGGGCUCCAAGAAGCCUGUCCACCCCAACGACCAUGUCAACAUGUCCGCUUCGUCCAAUGAUACCUUCCCUACCGUCAUGCACAUUGCUGCCGUGCUUGAUUUUGAAGAAUCCCUGCUGCCCGCUUUGAGGAGCCUGCGCGACGCCCUGAAGAAGAAGAGCGAACAAUUCGAACGCAUCAUCAAGAUUGGCAGGACGCAUUUGCAGGACGCCACCCCCUUGACUCUCGGUCAGGAAUUCUCUGGCUACGUUCAACAAUUGGAUUUCGGCAUUGAGCGCGUCCAGUCCGCUCUCCCACGCCUGAGGAUGCUUGCGCAAGGUGGAACCGCUGUCGGUACCGGAAUCAACACGUUCAAGGGAUUCGCAGAGGAUAUUGCUGCCGAGGUCAGCAAGGCGACCGGUCACGAGUUCGUUACCGCCCCGAACAAGUUCGAGGCUCUGGCGGCACAUGACGCCAUCAUCGAGGCUUCCGGCCAGCUCAAUACCCUUGCUGCUUCCCUCUUCAAGAUCGCUCAAGACAUCCGCUUCCUUGGUUCUGGUCCUCGGUGUGGCCUCGGCGAGUUGAAGUUGCCUGAGAAUGAGCCGGGCUCCUCCAUCAUGCCAGGAAAGGUCAAUCCGACCCAGUGCGAGUCCUUGACCAUGGUUUGCACUCAGGUGUUCGGCAACCAUGCUGCCACGACUUUCGCUGGCUCGCAAGGCAAUUUCGAAUUGAACGUCUUCAAGCCGGUCAUGAUCCGCAAUCUGCUCCAUAGUUCCCGCCUCCUUGCCGACGCCAUGAGGAGCUUUGAGAAGAACCUUGUUGAGGGUCUGGAAGCCGACGAAGCACGUAUCUCGUCGCUUCUCAAUGAGAGCUUGAUGCUCGUAACAUGCCUCAACCCCGUUAUUGGUUAUGACAACGCCUCUAAGGCCGCCAAGAACGCGCACAAGAAGGGCAUCACGCUCCGUGAGAGCGCUGUCGAUCAGCUCAAGAUCAUCUCAGCCGAAGACUUUGACAAGCACGUCCGCCCCGAGUUGAUGAUCCACCCCAAGGAGAAGAAAUAGAUCAGAUGGAUCUCAUGUAUAAAUCAAGCGUACCAUUAAUUUGUAAAGCGUAAGAUCAGAUCUGUACAUUAUGUCGUUUGUACAAAGGACAGCAAACACAGGAAAUACGUCGCAAAUGAAUUUUGCAGUCAUGACACACCGAGAGGCUAUUGCAGUCGUAAAAGAUGGAGUUAAAAGUUCAUUUACCGUUUAGUUACGCCAGCCCUGGAGCGCACAGAACGAUCACGUGAUAUCGUGCUAGCGUGCUUGGUUUGGCUCUAGCCGAUUUUGACCUAGCAGGCGCCAACGCGCUGAUAGGAAGCCGUACACCGGUAGACUCUCCCUU